UUAAUUCUCAGCUCCAAUCCCAAUCCCUUUUGUUUUUUAGCCUUUUCAUAAGGGAGUGAGUUAGGAGCUAAUUAGAUCAUGAACGCCACAGGCGACACUGGUGGCUUCCUUGGCUCCAAUGACAUAGGCGGAUUUGGCUAUGGCAUUGGAGUUUCUGUUGGCAUCCUCUUGCUCAUCACAAGCAUAACCCUUGCCUCCUACUUCUGCACCCGAUCCCAGCUUCCGCCUUCUUCCGCCGCCGCCGCCCGGAGGAACGUGGGCCCCGCAAACAACCCGGAGCCCAACUUGCCCAACUUUGUGAUUGAUGUUGGACUUGAUGAGGCAACCAUCAAGAGCUAUCCAAAGUUGCCAUACUCCGAGGCCAAGCUUCACAAGGCAAACUCCACUUCCUCCUCAUGUUGUUCAAUAUGUUUGGCUGAUUACAAGACCACGGAUAUGCUUAGGCAGCUGCCUGAUUGCGGCCAUCUCUUCCAUGUCAAGUGUGUGGACCCCUGGCUAAGGCUGCACCCGACGUGUCCGGUGUGCCGGACUUCUCCGAUCCCGACGCCACUCUCGACUCCUCUGGCCGAGGUGGUCCCUUUGGCAACCAGGAGAGAUUGAUCAGGAGAUCAUGAGAAUCAUGGUUUUGAAUUUGGUUUCCGUUUUUCAAUUGGACCU